UCCCAACCUCGAUCCGGCUCUCCCCCUCUCAACAGGCAAGGAUCCCUUCUGUUCAUCUUUGGAGCUUCGAAUUGACUUCUAGGUGUCCACCGGAAUGUAUUUCCCCCUCAUUCUUUUACUGCUUAAAUCGAUGAAAAUGACAGCCUGCAGGUGCUUUCGCGGCGUGCGUCUGGAGCCAGUAGGGGACGGUGUGUGCGCGGUGCACUAGGACCGGGGAGAGCUCCUUCCUCGUCGUGUGCAUUGCAACUACACAGCGGAGCUGUGGAGGAAACCCCCCAUCGGAUCUGGCCAUUAUAUCCAUACAUUUCUUGUCCACCUCCCGCCUUCCCCUCCCUCUUUUUUUCUACCCCAGCCUCCCCCCAUCUCCACCGCUGCGCUGCUGAGUGGGGAUCGCACCGAUCAGUGCGUGUUGGGAUUGAGAAGCACCCAGGAGAGGACCAGUAAAUGAGCACGAUUUGCGUAAAAGUCAGCUGUCAGGCUUUGGCAGUGGGGUGCUCAUUUGACUGCUUCGCCCCCCUCGCCCACCCCACUCGUUUUUGCUAUACAUUUUCAUUGGUUCUUGUAGUAAUCGUUUCUACCCAUCAUCGGCUUUAUUUGAAGUGCGCAAAGUCACAUCUGCGUAGGAGAGCGCUAGGCGCACUUCCUUCCCAAAAGGACAGAGACAAUAUUUCCAUUAUUCUGUUCUGGAAUUAAAACCGGACGUUUGGCUGAAUGGGUGACCUCACUGAAACCCAGACUAUCACCGGCUUGCACCCAUUUAAUGGAAACGUGUUUUCUCCAUUGAGCCGGAGUUGUGAUGUCCAAAGCCUUCCCCGCUGACUGGCAAGCGGCGUCGUACCAUUUGGGGGAAUCCAGUUCAAGGCUGUGAGGACAGGAGGGGGAAGAUGAGACCUCCCAGCCCUCUGUUGUUCCUGCUGUACGUCACGCUGUCCAGGACUGUAAAGGCCGUCUCGAAGAGAGGCUCAGUGGACGGCUGCACGGAUUGGUCCGUGGACUACUUAAAGUAUCGGGUGCUGCAGGGUGAGCCGGUGCGGCUGAAGUGCGCUCUGUUCUAUGGUUACAUCCGGGCCAACUACAGCCAGGCACAGAGCGUGGGCCUCAGCCUCAUGUGGUACCGCAGCUCAGGCCUGGGCCACAGCGACUUCGAAGAGCCAAUCUCUUUCGACGGCGUGCGAAUGAGCAAGGAGGAGGAUGCCAUAUGGUUCAGACCUGCGGAUCUCCAGGACAUGGGCCUCUACUCCUGCGUGUUACGGAACUCCACUUACUGCAUGAAGGUGUCCAUGUCUCUGACCGUGGCGGAGAACGACACAAACCUCUGCUUCAACUCCAACAUGAGACGAACCGAGAAGGCUGAGCUCAGCAAGAGCAAAGACAUCCUCUGCCCUGACAUCGACGACUACGUUGAACUGGGCAAAGAGCCGGACAUCACCUGGUUCAAGGAGUGCCGUCCGAAGCAGUGGCGGGCCAGCAUCAUCCAGAAGAGAGACAUCCUGUCUAUCCAGGAGGUAAAGGAAGAUGACAUUGGGAAUUACACCUGUGAGGUCCAGUUUGGUGGCUUCGUGGUGAGGAGGACGACUGAACUCACAGUCACUGCUCCUUUGACUGACAAGCCGCCAAAGAUCCUGUUUCCCUCGGAAAACAAGAUCAGCAACAUGGAGCUGCAGCUAGGAAGCGCUUUGAACCUGACUUGCCGGGCGUUUUUUGGCUACAGCGGUGACGUCAGCCCACUCAUCUACUGGAUGAAGGGAGAGAAGUUCAUAGAGGACUUGGACGAAGAGAGGAUCCAGGAAAGCGACAUCAAGAUUGUCAGGGAGCAUCUUGGCGAGCAGGAAGUGGCCAUUUCCUUGACAAUUGACUCCUUGGAGGAGGAGGACCUGGGAAACUAUUCCUGUUAUGUGGAAAAUGGUAAUGGCCGUCGCCAAGCUACCAUCCAGCUCUUCAGACGGGCAGAGCUCAUGUACACCGUGGAGCUGGCAGGAGGGCUGGGAGCGAUCCUGCUGCUGCUCAUCUUCCUCAUCUCCCUCUACAAAUGCCACAAGAUAGAGCUGAUGCUCUUCUACAGGAGGCACUUUGGCAGCGAGGAUGUGGAUGGAGAAAACAAAGACUACGAUGCCUACCUGUCCUACACCAAAGUGGACCCGGACCAGUGGAGUCAGGAGACCAAGGAGGAGGAGCGCUUUGCCCUGGAGAUCCUCCCUGAUGUCCUGGAGAAACAUUACGGCUACAAACUAUUCAUUCCCGAUCGAGACCUCAUUCCAACCGGAAGUCUCACCAAUGAGCAUUACCAGGAUGAAAGGCGACUCUUUGGAGCAUACAUUGAGGACGUGGCACGCUGUGUGGACCAGAGCAAGCGCCUCAUCAUAGUCAUGACACCCAACUACGUGGUGCGGCGAGGCUGGAGUAUCUUUGAGCUGGAGACGCGGCUGCGCAACAUGUUGGUGACCGGCGAGAUCAAAGUCAUCCUGAUUGAGUGCGCCGAGCUGCGUGGCAUCAUGAACUACCAGGAGGUGGAGGCUCUCAAGCACACUAUCAAAACCCUCACGGUCAUCAAGUGGCGCGGCCCCAAGAGCAACAAGCUCAACUCCAAAUUCUGGAAGCAGCUGCAGUACGAGAUGCCGUUCCGGCGCACAGAGCCCAUGCUCACCAACGAGCCGGCGCUGGACGUCAGCGAGCAGGGCCCCUUCGGGGAGUUGCAGACCGUCUCCGCCAUCUCCAUGGCGGCGGCCACCUCCACCGCCAUGGCGACCGCCCACCCCGAGCUGCGUUCCACUUUCCACAACACGUACCACACCACCAUGAGGCAGAAACACUACUACCGCAGCUACGAGUAUGACUUACCCCCAGGAGGGACCCUGCCACCUCUGUCCUCUCUGGGGAACCAGCACACCUACUGCAACAUCCCGCUGACACUGCUGAACGGGCAGAGGCCCCCCGGGAAGAGCCGAGAGCACAGCCUGGAGGAGGCGCACGCCAACAACGCCAUGCUCCCUCUUCUGCCGAGAGAAACCAGCAUUUCCAGCGUCAUCUGGUAAUGGUGAAGAGGCACAGCGUCAGCUGUGGGAGGAUCGGUCGGAGCCAGACACGCCAAGGCUCAGUCUGGUAGAUUUUAGGAACACAGUUUAUGGUCGUGAUUGCGGCGUAAGUGUUUUGGAUCCUUUGUGUUCCAACCGCUGUUAAAUGGGAGCAAGUGGCGGCGAUACAGCAGGUUUUCGGACUCGGUUCCUCUUUGUUGGUUUGGUUUUUAAAGUGGACAGCGCGUCUGUAUGCAGGGGGGAGGUUUUCCAUGUGGAACUACAGGAGAUAUAAUGAAGACACCCUUUUAUCUAGAAGCGAGAUACAGACUUGCGAGAACUCGACAUCAAAGAAGCAACACUCUAUGGCAAUGUGCAUACACAGAUGUGCAAACACACAAACAAAAGGAAAACAGGGUCUUGUACAUAUGUUUCAAUUUAUUUGUAGCAUCAGUGUUUUCCUGUUUUGUUCUUUGGUUUAUUUUAUUCAACCAUGUUUGUUGCCUUCUCCACUGCAGGACUUUGCUUUAACUUGUAAUUGUAUGUUUAGUAUUUUUUUCUCUUUUUAGUUUGUUUUCUACUCUUAUUUCAAUCUGCUUGUUUGGAAAGCCAGUAUGUCAUGUACCUGCGCUGUCAUCUUUUAUUUUUGUUUGUUUGUUUUGAAAUCUUUGUGUAGUUUAAGAGAACAUUUUUAACACUUUUGGAACUCUUCUGGACAUUUCAGGAGCUUUGUGGAGCUGAAACUUCUUUUUGUUUACCUAUAAAAGGUGUAUCUAAUUUAAAGGGAAACUCUUUUAAAAAAUCAUAGAAUAUGCAAAAAGAAGGAGGAGCUGGCAAAAAAAUAGAACCUUCCUGUAGGACUGAAAAGCGAUGGAGGGGCUGUCCUAGUCCUCUCCAAUCAGAUAGGACAGCAGAUCCUUCUCUAAAGCUUCAUAUUUUCUAUUGAAACAAACAGCCUUGCUGAUUUAGAGUGAUAGUGAAAUGCCUCACCUUAAAAGAAAAUCUGUAGAUUAUUUUAAAAAGAAUUCUAUUUUUGUAACACAAAAGAGUUGCUUGAGAAGUCAUACUUAUUUGCAUUUCAUCUACCAUAGAAAGGGGGAUUUGUGUUAAGUGUUAUGCUGGUUUUGUACACUUGCAAUGUGAUUCAUGGUUUGUUAAGAGGUAAAGGUGGCUUCUGAAUCCACAUGAAAAAAAUCUCUCCCCUUGUUAUUGAAUCAAACACAAAGCAUUUUCAAUGUUUUGCUUUUUAAAACAUAAUAUUAUUCUCAUCCUGAUAAUUACUUUGGUUCAUAUGGAUAGUUCAUGUUUAAGGAAAGAAAAGAAUACAUUUGUGUUUUGACAGACUUUUUAAAUAUAUUUGAAGGUGUGAUUUUUGAGUAUGCAUAGCAAAUAGAUAUGUAUUCUAUAUAUAAUAUAGAUAUUUAUAUAAAUAUAUAAACACAAUUUUCACUCUGAAAGAAAUGUCUAUCUUUAUAGAAACACAAUCAUAAUCAGUUGCCCUUACUUUCUCACUGCACAUUAAAACAUCGAUUUCCUUGA